AUGAUCUCCCAACCAGUUCUUCUCGCAGCCCUCGCGGGCACCGCAGCGGCCGUCGCCGUCGCACCCACUCCGAGCCACCACAUCGGACUCCUGCCCACCCCGGUCGUCAGGCGGGAGGUCGAGGCGCGGCAAACGGACGCCGCCUGCCUGGCGGCCAUCAGCGACGUGUACGAGGACAUGCCGACGCCGCCGUCCCAGGUCGUUGAUUUCUUCAUGUCGCAGACCGUCACCGAUCUGAGCGCAUUCUGCGAGGUGACUCCGCCGCCUUCGGUCGAGAGCGCUAUGUCGAGCUAUGUCAACGACGUCAGCUCGUGGUUCAACGAUGUGUCCGACGACUUUGCUUCGGCCCUCGACAAGUGCCCGGACCUUUCCAGCAUCUACAACAGCCUGACCGACCAGGUUGGCGCGAUACCCACCUGCGGUUCCGGCAGCGGAGGCUCCGGCGGCUCGGGCUCGGGCUCGGGCUCGGGAUCCGGUGCAACAGGUACUGGCGGAUCUUCCGGCGCGCAGCAGACCGGGGGCUCCAACUCGGGCUCGGGCUUCAACUCUGCGGGUAGCAACAGCAAUGGCAACAACAACAACAACAACGGGAAUAACAACAACAACAAAAAUAAUGGCGACCGCAGGAAUGCUGCCGCUCCUCGCCAAGUGGGGCUGGUUGGUGCCGGAGUUGCCCUUGCUGGAUUCUUGAUCGGCAUCAUCGCCCUUUAA